CGGCGCUAGAGAGGAUCUUCCCUUCUUUAAACCCCUCCCACAUUUAGGGCGACUCCCUCUUUCCCACCGGCCCUCUGUCGAGGAAGCACGCGUAAACCCCUAGCUCUCUCCGCCGGACCGAAAUAAAACUGCAAUAAUGCGUUACGUUGCUGCUUAUCUCCUUGCUGUCCUCGGGGGUAACGACAAACCUGCCGUAAAGGACCUUAAGAAGAUUCUGGACAGUGUCGGCAUUGAAACCGAUGACGAGCGCGCAGAGAAGGUUGUCGGUGAGCUGAACGGUAAAAGCAUCGAGGAGGUGAUUGCUCAGGGUAACACCAAACUGGCCAGCAUGCCCGCAGGAGGAGCUGUCGCUGUUGCUGCUGCUGGAUCUUCUGCUCCUGCAUCUGGAGGAGCAGCUGCUCCAGCUGAAGAGAAGAAGGAAGAGAAGAAAGAAGAAUCUGAGGAAUCCGAUGAUGACAUGGGAUUCGGACUGUUUGAUUAGAAUGUCUGGCAGAUAAAUACAAUAAAACAGCUUUAUUUA